CGGCUUCCUCCGCCUGGCGUAACUCUUGCUAUACCUGGCGAGGCCACGUCAGGGGCUUCUAUUCCCGCCACGGCCGGUCGCUCGGAUCCCUCCGCACCAUGAUCUCUGCCCGAGGCGGGGGUUCCAUGCCUCCGCCGCCCAACGCCACUGCCUAUUACCCCCCGCCCCGCGUGAACCUCCCCUCCGGCUUGGAAAUCCUGCGCACUUACUCGGGGGCCUUCAUCUGCCUGGAGAUUCUUUUUGGAGCACUUGUGUGGAUACUAGUAGCUGCUACAAAAGUUCCUUUGCCUCUGCUACAAGGCUGGGUGAUGUUCGUAUCCGUGACGGCCUGUUUCACCUCCAUCUCCUUCCUUUCGGUCUUUCUCUUCAGUUAUCGAGAGAGAAUUGCCAUCGAUUGGAACCGUUUGGAUUUCCUUUACCACGCAGCCGUCUUUGUCUUCUACUUUGGGACCUUCUUACUGCAAACUGCAACAACAUCUUUGCAUAGUCACCCCCUUAAGACCACCAGUGUCGCCUCCAACAUCACCACCCAUGGAGCACUUCUAGAUAGCCAUGAAUAUAAUUUAAGCAUAGCAGCUGCGAUCUUUUCCUUUGUAACAACGGUGUGUUAUGGAUGCAGCACCACCCUGGCUUUAAGAAGAUGGAAAUUGUAGCAUCGGAAAGAGGCCUACCAGUUCCACUACAUCCUAGCUGAUUUGGACACCCGCUCAAAUCUCAAACAGAGUCCAACUUGUCCAUCAAAUAGGCGUGGCGUUCAAAAGAAUGUUUUGGAACACACCUGUUGUUUUCUAAAGCACUGAGAUGUACACACCCAACCCAAGCCAUUCAUAUAUACACUUUCAAGAGGGGUGGUGGGAAAAAUCUGUGUUUAUGUUGAGAUUGUCUCGCAGCUGCUAUCUCGGUUCAACAGCACCAUUUUAUUGUCCCCCAAAGUGGGUGUAGUAUUAAGAACUAAGGUCUUAGGAACAGAAGGGAUUAUUAUCAGUUUGGGAUGCAACAAAACUCCUAGCUUGACAAGAGGCAGACAUAGCAAUAGUGGCCUUUGUAUAUAUAUUUAUAUUCUUUCUUCAGUGUGAAUAAGGUAGAAAUUUCUUUUAAAACAAGAACAACUUUCAUUCUCAAUUUCAGAUGAAAUCUUUUGUUUUCUUCUCCGCACAAUGUUUCUGAAAUAACUCCCCACCCAAAGCAUUGAGGGGUAAACAGCUCCAAAAUAUCAUCCACUGCUCCACAGAAUUUUCUCAGUGACCUACAUUUUUCUCCUUCCUUUCUUCCCCAGGUUCUUUCUCCAUUGCAAUAUUUUAAAUAUGUCAGCUGGGCAUGAAAAAUAUUGUGCUGACGGUUUCUGCUCAGCCCAUGUUUUCAGUUGCUAAGUUGAUCUUCCCAAGAACAUUGCGUCUAUUGACUUACAGCCCACCCCUCCGCCUCGUCCCACAGUAUUAUAAUACUAUCUUUAGCAGACAAUUGAAUGUUGGUGCUCUGAUGGUUAUAGGAGACAUAAAAGCUCUUAGCAAAUGUGCAAUAUAUUGCAUACAUGCAAUCAAGAAAGACAAUGGUAGGCAUGAUUAAUAUUGCAAUAAAAGGGAAAGGUUUCUCUGUCAGUCUUAUCCAACUCUAAGACACUAUGAAUAUCUCUGUUUCUUGGACAAGGGAGCCAGCGUUGCCCAGAGACAAUUCCUGGGAUCAUGUGAUCAGCACUUGGCAUAUACACAGAACUCUUACUUUCCCACCAAAGUGAUACCUAUUUAUCUACUUGCUUUUGCAUCUUUCGAAGGAGCUGGAGCAAGUAACGGGAACUCACCCCAUUGUGUGGCACACGGGACUUCAACCCAGACUAUACUUCGUAUUGCUGUACUCUUGGCUGAAACCUGCUUUAUGGUCCACCAUGCCCAGCUGUCUGAUUUCAGUAGGAUUGCCAUGGGCUGCCAAAUUUCAGGAUUUAGUUAUCCCUCCCUAGCCCCAAAAGAUGGCGAGUUUAGUUCUCAGAAUCAUUCACUAGUACCAGAUUGCAACCUUUGAAUCUUAGGCUAGACUAUAAUAGUAUUGUUUUUAAGUGAAAGGAAUAUAUUCACUCCUUAUUCUUAAAUAAAGAAAACAUGCACAUGGUUUAUUUUUAAUUCCUAAUUCGGGAAAAUAAACUAGAAUGUUUCUCUUGGAUUUUCCAUUUUUCCUUAUAAUUUUGACCUUACCCAUUCCUCAUGCAAAUGUCCCUUGCCACUACCUAUCACCUGUUUAUCUUUCAAGAAUUGCAGCCCUGUGAAUAGGGAGAUGACCAGAAUUCUGGUAAUAGAAUUCCUGUUUGGGUUGUUAAACCUUACUAGCAUUGCACAAUAGAUUAAUACUCCUAUACGUUUUAUUCUGAUACUCAUACAAGCCGGGUCACACAAGAAUCUUAAACUAUCAACAGAAGUGGAACCUUUUGCAAAUACUGUAUUGUAUCUCUAUGUUGAAAGAAUAAUUUGUAGCAGGAAAAAUAUUUCAUGUGUUUAGGUUCUGCUUAACCAGAAUCUAGUUGUACAUUUGCUAGGAAAAGACGUUUUCAUGAAAGAUUUUUGUGGCUUUUUAAAAAAAAAAAAAAUCUGGGAGCAUGCCCGUGAGUGAAAUGAUAAGCUAAUGUCACAAUUCAUUUUCCAUUGGUGUAGUAAACCUUAGAAAUAUUGUGGUCAUGUGUCGAAGUUUAUGUGCCUGUAUUCAAAGGAAACAUAUUUUUAUCUAAAAAUUUGCUAGUGAGGCAAGUUAAAAAAAAAUAGAUGGACUGCUCACCCUGUGUGUAGUUCACUGAUACAAGUUUUGCUUGUACAAAUAUUAAGAAUCUGCAGUCCAUUUUUAUAUCUGGGAAGUAAAAGAGAAAGUGUUCUUCCCUUCCUCCGUCUUUUACUCUAAACCCAUAUUUUCUAAUUUAUCAUGUAAACUCAUUUAUUUAUCAGCUUUAGAUGUAGAAGCCAAAGGCGUCUUGUUUUUAUUUUAGCAAAAAAACUAAUAUUUUAGAAUGUCUCCAAUGCAUUUGUUUCUACUUAUGAAAAUGUUUGUGCUUAAUUGUUCUGGAAAUCUCUUGACUUCCUCUGAACUUCAGUGCUUUCACAGUUUUAUAUUUGAAAUUGUAUGUUCUGUUUCAUUUUUCAAAAUUCAGGUUCUGGGGAAAGAUCAUACAAUUAGAUUAUUGUUUGAUACCUCCCAUAUCCCGUGUUUUGUGUGAUAUUACUGUAAGUCGCUAUCAGGGGUAGAAAUCAAACUUGAACCAGAGAAAGAGCACUUAAUGGCAGAUCAGA